UCCGACAUCCGAGGCGACCCAAGGAAAAUGAGAAUGGCUAUCUGCGGCGCCGGCCCCACCUUAAUGAUACUGACCCUGACUGUGAUUCUGACAUUGUGUCAGUCUACGGAUACCUGGCAGCGUUUACCGUCUCUGGAAACCUUCUCCUCAUACGAGGAUAUGCAACGUUACUUUGAUCAGCGUAAUUUCCGUAGCAUGCGGCACAUUGACAAUCCCACGGACGAUAGUUACCUGGCGGCAUUCAAUCAGUACAACGAGCAGCUGGAGGAUCAGCAUCCUAAGCGGGUGGCUCAACUCCACUCCAGGAUAAAACGCGAACAACGCCAGCUGCCCACAGCACCAAGAAUGCUGCGCUUCGAACUAGCGGAUGCCGUGGAGCCGAGUCCGGAACUAAAGCAAAUCCUGCGACAAUACCAUGCCAGAUCCUUGAAGGAAAAUCCCGCUCCUAUGAGUCCAGUUAGUACAACUCAGGAACCUUCACCGGCUGUCAGUACCACCAAGGCUUCAAAGGUUAAGUCGCGGAAACCUCGUCGUCAGAGGCGAUCGGUUGUUGGAGCCCAGCAACCAGCGGAUUUUAAAGUCCAGAUGAUUCCAUUUGAGGAAACAGACGCCAGGGAACCCGAUCCCGUGACAGCUCAACUGAUCAAGAAGGCUCGCACCCUGGAUCUGCAAAGCCAGGCCACCAGAUCUUCUGACUCUCACCAGCCGAAACCGCAAGUGGCUAGGAAGCAGCCCUUCCAAGUGAGGAUUCGCAAGACGAAGCGCUCCAAGCGCUCCGCUCCGCAGAUGGUUAAGUUUGAGUUGGCGGAUGCCAAGCCCUUGCCCCAAAGAGCCGGAAAACAGUUGUCAUCUGAGAUUGUACCCACCCUCCUGACGAUGGAAACCCAGGCACGGAAUAAGACCCAUUUUUCCCAGUUGACCACACCCACUCCUCGGGUUGAGGACAACGAUAUACUAACUGGAGAAGCCACGGCGGAAACGAAGCGCAUGUAUGUUUAUAAGGAGUCACCUCUCACUUCUGGACAUGUGAAGAGCAAGAAAUCCCUGAGCGCACUACCCCAUGAAGUUCAAAAGGUCAUCGGCCAUCUGAUGAAGGACGGACUUGGUGGCAAGGCGUAUAUCAAGUAUCUUCCUGCCCAGAAGUCCGACUACGAGCACUACAAGGCCAAACCUCUAUCCUAUGGGGCUAAGCCUUUGGGUAACUAUAUUAAGUACAUCAACAAGCCGGCAGAACCAUCUGCAGCUCCAGCUCCUGUCCAAGUGCACAUCCAACCAGUUCCUGUGGUGGAGCAACUCCGAUACGUAUACAAGCCCAGCUAUGUGGCAGCUGCCCCCACAAUAGCCCAACCCAUUGUGGUCCAGGAGGUGCCUGCCCCCACAGUCGCUGUGGAGGAAGUGCACCACACAUACACCGCAGAGCUGGCUCCACCGCCGACCCAAAACCUAGAGGUUAUUGUGCCACAGUUCAGGCCUUCCAAGCCAGACCCUCUGCUGGCCGAAGCUCCUGCCAUCUACGGGAAACCCCAGGAGUCCUACAACUACGACAUCCAGCAGGAGGCUUCCCCCCUGAUCAAGAUCGAGUACCAUGCCCAGCCGGAUGGCCUCAAGGAGCACUACAAGCAGCUGCCAGAGUUCCAACAAUUGUCCACCCUUAUUGGCAAGUCCCCAGACGAUCAGAUCCACGGCUUAACCUAUCUCCUGGCGAAGGAAAUGCAGGCCAAGCUGCAGAGGCAGGGCAAACAGCUGUUGGAUCGCCCACAGGACAGUACGGCACCGAUCCUGUUCCACCCAGGACAAGGUCCAUCGCCGGCACCCACUCUCAAAACCCUGUUGGAUCACGGGUCCCUGGGCGUCCAGCCGGGUCGGCUUAUCGGCAUGGCCAAGAGCAAGCAGUAUGUGCCCAUUAUCGAGCCGGGCAACAACGACGUCAAGGAGCUGCCUGCGGCUUCCAGCAGCGAGGCCUCCAAGCUGCCCACACCCAGUUCCUACAUCGAUUACACCCACGGACACGGUCUGUCGAACGGAUAUGAGGGCGUGGCCAACGUGGAGGAGCCGGUGACCACGGUGGAGCAUGUGGUGCACCACCCUACGGUGGCCACGCAGUUGCUCCAGCAGGUCCAUCAGCAAAAUCCGCACCAGCACCACCAACAGCACAUCCAGCAGCAGCACCACGGACUUGUGGCCACCGUCCUGCCGGCGGAACUGGAUGCGGACAAGGGCGGUAAUGGUCUCCACUUUGUGCACAGCCAGGAGGACAAGUCGCUGCAGCAGUACGCCUCAAAGUAUGCGUUCGGUUAUCGCAUACGUGAUUUCCAUACCGGCAACGAUUUUGGCCACAAGCAGAAUCGUGAUCUCCACGGCGUGACACGCGGCCAGUACCACAUCCUCUUGCCGGACGGAAGGAUCCAGAAUGUUAUCUACCACGCCGACGACACGGGCUUCCAUGCGGAUGUCAGCUUCGAGAGCGGGGCGAAGCACUGA